AUGACCAUACUCUCAUUGAGGUUAUGCUCCAUUAUAUCAAAAUAUCUGUCCAAACUGAUAACAUACACAAAGCCUGGGUGUUGCCUAUGCGAUGGCCUCAAAGAAAAGCUUCAUCUUGCUUUUAAGCUUCCGGGCCCUGAUUCUCUCCAUGAUCUUCAGUUUCAGGAAAGGGAUAUAUCAAGCAACCGUGAAUGGGAGAAAGCUUACCAGUAUGAGAUUCCAGUUUUGGUGAGGGUCCUUGCUGAUGGCACAGAGGAAAUGCUGCAGAGACUAUCCCCUCGACUUAAUGCUGAGCUUAUACAGAAGAAGUUGGCAGCUGCACUAAGAUAG